AUGGCGCCCACAAAGGCCCUUCCAGAGAAUAGCGAAGCUCCAAGCCGAAAGGGGGCUGGGGUUGAUGGGCCCGGGCUAGUGACACUAGAUCACUGGCCCAAAGCUAGCCUAGCCCCUCCAAAGGGCGAGCAAGCGAAGCCUAGUCGAAAUGAUGAAGCGCUGCAGAAAUCACCCGAGCCAGCUAGCGACGACACCAGGGAAGAAGACCUCUUUGAAAACAGAAGUGAGAAGCGGUCGGACGAGGAUGAAGACCCUCGCACCGAGUGCUCUGGCUGGGAAGAUACCAGAACCGAAGCAAGGAGAAAUCUGAACGCAGGAUGUCGGACGAGAAACAGGAGCCCUAUCCCGGUGCCUCGUACGAAUCGCAAGCAGUUGCCCCGUAGUCGCUCUCGGAGAGGCGAAACGGAAGAGGCACGGGAACAGCGCGAGAAGGACAAGAAACGACAGGUGAUUGAAGCCGGAGUCUUGCGCGAUUGGGAUAAAAAGGGCAUUGCCGAGAGAACUGAAACCUCAAAGCACACUGCAAUGAAAUCUAGGAAAGCCGCACCGAACAAUGAAGAUCGGCCCCGAGGUCAAGCUCAAAAAUCGGCGGAUGAUGAAGCAAGUCUAGGGCACGUUUCUGUCCCUUCGUGUCCUGAUGAAGUCCGGCCGCAAUUAGCGAAGGCGACCAAAAUCGCAAAGCCAUCUGGAACCCAACCAAAUGAUGCCAAGGAAGAUUCGGCAGGCAAAGGGAAUCCAAAAGGCAGUGCUGCAGGCAAGAAACCUUCCGAACAUCAUAAAGAAAAGGAAGCACCUCCAAAUGCAACGAGGAUUCCCGGCGAGCAGAAAAAUUCUCCAGUCCCUCUAUCGUAUCUCGACCUCAUCGAACCACUCAUGGGGUGGUUAGGUGCUCUGCUCAGCAGAGAUCCCAUUGCGGCCAUGGGCAUGGUUCCGGCGGUUCUAGACAUAGUAGAAAGACUCAAGUCGCAAGAGAAGCAAAAACCUGACGACGGGCUCGCGGUCGCGCUUGCAAUGCAACAAUCGAUCCUGGAAGGGUCGCCAAAGGAGGCUCCAGCUGAACGGCCCGGCCAGUGUCAACCCGAGAUUUCGACAACAAGACUUCCAGCGGCAGCACUGAACAGACACAGGGCUGGGCUCUCAACUGCUGUAGCGCCAAAAAGCCGUGAGCAGCCUGAAGUUAAUAAAAAGGGAAAAGGCAAAAAGCGCGGAAGUGAUGACGAAGAGACGGGGAACGAAAGUCCACCGAAGAAGACCAAAUGCGAGCUAAAACCACCUGCGAAGGCACCAGAGAACAAAAAGAGCAACAAAUGCAUCCCGGCCGCACAGAAUACGCCGCUCCCGGUCUACGAAGUCAGCUCUGCGGAGAGUUUUAGCUCUGCGGAGAGUUUUAGCUCUGCGGAGAGUUUUAGCUCUGAGGUGUCCUUUUAA